CCAUAUACUAGCAUUGAUUGCCGAGAAGAUCUUGCCCAUCGCCAUUUGCCACUAAUAACAUCGCUCCAUCGCCAACUCCGCUAGCCUGCUAGGGAGACUCAAUGCCGUCUCUGCCGAAAGCUGCGGCGUCCAUGGAUCACGCGGUGGAGGGCGCCAUGAGCGCCACCCUGCUGAGCCUCCUCGGCGUCACGGCCAAGUCGGAGAAGGGCGCGGCGGCGGCGGACGACAAGGUGGAGUGGCUCCGGUCGCAGCUCAUCGGCAAGGACGUCGAGUUCGACACGCCGUUCGGGCGCCGCGCGCUGACCUACGCCGACCAGACGGCGUCGGGCCGGAGCCUGAGCUACAUCGAGGACUACCUCGUGAAGGAGGUCCUCCCGUUCUACGGGAACACGCACACGGAGGACAGCCACGUCGGGAGCAAGACGACGCGGCUGGUGCACAAGGCGGCGCGCUACAUCAAGCGCUGCAUGGGCGCCGGCCCCGGCGACGCGCUGCUCUUCUGCGGCGCCGGCACCACGGCGGCCAUCAAGCGCCUGCAGGAGGUCAUCGGCGUGGCGCUGCCGUCCGUCGAGAUGCGCGACCGGCUCUCGGCGCAGCUGCGCGCCGAGGAGCGCUGGGUGGUCUUCGUCGGGCCGUAUGAGCACCACUCCAACCUUCUGUCGUGGCGCCGGAGCCUGGCGGAGGUGGUCGAGAUCGGCGUCGACGCUGACGGGCUCGUCGACGUGGCCGCGCUCCGCCGCGCGCUCGGGUCGCCGGAGUACGCGGACCGGCCGAUGCUGGGGUCCUUCUCGGCGUGCAGCAACGUCACCGGCGUCAUGACGGACACGCGCGAGAUCGCCCGCGUUCUGCACCACCACGGCGCGUUUGCGUGCUUCGACUUCGCCGCGAGUGGACCCUAUGUCAAGAUUGAUAUGAAGUCUGGUGAAGUCGAUGGGUACGACGCCGUUUUCUUGAGCCCUCACAAAUUUGUUGGGGGGCCUGGCACGCCGGGCAUCCUUUUGAUGAACAAAUCACUGUAUAGGCUCAAUUCUCAGCCUCCCUCGACGUGCGGAGGUGGCACAGUGGCCUAUGUCAAUGGCUUCAAUGAGGAGGAUACAUUGUACUACGAUGAUAUCGAGGAGCGGGAGGAUGCUGGCACACCGCCGAUAUUACAAAAGAUCCGUGCAUCACUUGCAUUUUGGGUGAAGGAGUAUGUUGGUUAUGACACGAUGGACCUUCGCGAGCGAGUGUUCUCAGAGGUGGCAAUGAAAAGGCUUGCCCAUAAUCCAAAUGUUAGGGUGCUAGGCAACACAAGUGCCCAUCGUCUACCAAUCUUCUCAUUCCUAAUCUACCCAUUAGUGACCGUGACGAAGAAGCCAUUUGAUGAUUUUGGUGAGCCUGGUUGUGAUAAACCAUUGGAGACCAUGAGACGCAAGCAACUACCCCUCCACGGUCGUUUUGUGACUAGGCUUUUGAACGAUCUUUUUGGCAUCCAGGCAAGGGGAGGUUGUGCUUGUGCAGGUCCCUAUGGUCACAUCUUGCUUGAUGUCGACGACGAGCUCUCACUUCGCAUUCGGUCUGCUGUCCUUGAGGGUUACAGUGGACUGAAGCCAGGAUGGACCAGGUUGAGCUUUAGUUACUACCUCUCUACGGAGGAGUUUAAAUUCAUCCUUUCAGCCAUCGAGUUCAUAGCGACAUAUGGACACCGCUUCCUCUCUUUGUACAAAUUCGACUGGAUCACUGGCAACUGGACCUUUCGGAAACAGGCAGUCAAGUACCACCUCAUGAGGGAGGAAUUGUCUCUUGGAAUAGAACCAUUGAUGCACGAAAGUGAACAGCCAAAGCUUGCAGAUAAGAUGGACAAGCCUGAGGUCAACCAUAAGAAGUUCCAGAGCUACUUGGAGAGUGCCAAGAAAAUUGCACUAUCCAUGCCGGACAUUAGUAAUCAGAUUGCCAGCAUUCCAAAAGGGGUAGACCCUGCCUUAGUUCUUUUCCAUAUAUAGAACUAUAGAUACAUAAUGUAACUUUGGUAGAGCAUAUCGCCAGUUACCACUGUUAGUUUGUUCUUGAUAUCCGAGCAUUAGCCCGAGUUGCGGUGAUAAGCUGCCCUUUAACACACUAGAAAAUAAAUGUGUAAAUAAGAUGGAUGACAAUCUGUGGAAAUGUUGUUUUCUAUAUCAGCACAAUUUUGUA